AUGAAUCGGACCGCACUGCUCCUGUUCGCCCUUGCGGCUCUUGCCCUCUCCCAGGUCGCCGCUCCCGGAAAUGAUACGGAAACCAGCUCUCCGCUGAAGGACGACGCCGAGGGCCGAGGGGGCCGACAUCACGACCGAUCAGACAGCCGCGAGCACCACUACCGCCGCCACCAUCACCAUCACGGACACCAGGACUACGGCUUCGGACCCCAGUUCUACCAGUCCGAAAUCCAUGAUCGCCACGUGUGCGACCUGGACGCCUCGGUCUUGUUGGUGCUCUCCCGCUCCCAUGGAGCCCUCCACCGUGCCCACCGCGUCAGAUGCUCCGACGUGGCCGCCGCCGACGAGGACUCGUGCAACAUCUGCUGCCAGAACGCCGCGCGCCGUGAUUUGACGCUCAAGAAUGAGAACAUCUACGGCGUGCUGAUCGACACCGACGGCAUCGACUCGAAGCACCGCCACGACAACUCCAAGGAGCACGGCCGCUACAAGCGUAGCCACGACGACCGCAGCGACGAGCUGACCCGUGACGGUCUCCGUGACACCUUCCCUAACGCCGACCACUUCCCCUGGAAGUACAGCAAGCCGAACUUCUUCAAGAACGUGAAGUGCCUGUGCUGCGCCCCUCGCCGCCACUACAACGGACCCCAGCCCGUGGCCCAGGCCCCGCCGCAGUACCAGCAGCCCCAGUACCCUCAGCCGGUCGCCGCCGCCCCGCCCCAGCCCACCUACCAGCAGCCCACUUACCAGCAGCCCAGCUACGGCCAGCCCGCCGCCCAGCAGCCCCAGCCCACCUACCAGGCGCCCAGCUACGGACAGGCCGCCGCCCCGCCUCAGCAGCAGUAC